AUGAACGAAUUUCCAUUAGUGGAGUUUGCCUACAAUAACAGUUUUCAGUUAAGCAUUCAGAUGGCUUCGUGUAAGGCCCUAUAUGGGCAUAACUGUAGGACUCCACUUUGUUGGAUUCAGCUCAGUGAGGACAGACAGAGGUCUUACGCAGAUUUAAAGCAUAAGGACAUCAAGUUCAUAGUUGGGGACAAGGUAUUCAUCAAGGUUUCCUCUUGGAAGAAGAUGUUUCUCUUAGGGUGCAAGGGCAAGUUGACUCCUCAUUUCAUAGGACCUUACGAGUUGAUUGAGAUAAUUGGACCAUUGGCUUAUAGACUAGCUUUACCACCAGAGUUGGAGAGCAUUAACAAUGUGUUUAAUGUAUCUAUGCUCAGAAGAUACCGCUCUAAUCCUUCGCACGCCAUACCUUUAGAAAAAAUUGAGGUCAGUUCAGAUAUAACCUAUUCAGAGGAACCAUUCAGAAUCGUGGCGAGCAAAGUGAAAGAGUUAAGGAACAAGAAGAUUCAUUUGGUGAAAGUGCUAUGGGGGAACUAUGGCUUUGAAAAAGCAAUGUGGAAAACAGAGAAGGACGUGAAGCUUUAG